CUGCGCACUACUGCUGACCCCUCUGGUUCCUGUGCGUAAUGCCACGUUAGUAGCGGCAGACACAAAAUACAAGCUACAGUUGUAAUUGGAAGAAGCGAAACGGCAUAAAUACACACAUUUUCCGUCUGUAGCUGAUACAUUUGUAACUAUAAACCAAUUUUCCGUAAGAGAGCGCAGUCGACAGCAACUAUGCUGAGGUUUUUCGUACUCUGCACCCUGGCUUUGGCAAGCAGGGCUGACAUCGCUGAAGAAGAUGAUGUCCUGGUGCUAAAGAAAAGUAACUUCGAGGAGGCUUUGAAAGCUCACCCUAACAUCCUUGUUGAAUUUUAUGCUCCGUGGUGCGGCCACUGCAAAGCUCUGGUUCCAGAGUAUGCCAAGGCUGCCAGCACACUUAAGGCAGAGGGCUCAGACAUCCGCCUGGCAAAGGUGGAUGCCACAGAGGAGGCCGACCUGGCACAGGAGUUCGGUGUCCGGGGCUACCCCACCAUCAAGUUCUUCAAGGGUGGGGAUAAGGACUCGCCGAAAGAGUACUCUGCUGGCCGACAGGCUGAUGACAUCGUCAACUGGCUGAAGAAGCGCACUGGGCCAGCCGCCACCACCCUGGGAGAGGUCGCCCAGGCAGAGUCGCUGAUCGCAGACAAUGAGGUGGCUGUCAUCGGCUUCUUCAAGGAUGUUGAGUCUGAGGGAGCCAAGGCCUUCCUGAAGGCUGCUGAGGCCCUUGACGACGUUCCAUUCGGCAUCACCUCAGACGAUGCAGUCUUCUCAAAGUUCGAAGUGUCCAAGGACGCCGUUGUCCUCUUCAAGAAGUUUGACGAAGGCCGUAACACCUUUGACGGAGAGCUCAACAAGGCCGACCUUCUGUCCUUCAUCAAGGGGAACCAGCUGCCCCUGGUCAUCGAGUUCACAGAGCAGACUGCCCCCAAGAUCUUCGGAGGAGAGAUCAAGUCCCAUAUCCUGAUGUUCGUGCCCAAGGCGGCGUCCGACUUCAACGACAAAAUGUCAGAGUUCAAGAAGGCAGCCGAGGGCUUCAAGGGCAAGAUCCUGUUCAUCUUCAUCGACAGCGAGGUGGACGACAACCAGCGCAUCCUGGAGUUCUUCGGCCUCAAGAAGGAAGAGUGUCCCGCCAUCCGCCUCAUCACCCUGGAGGAUGAGAUGACCAAGUAUCGUCCCGAGAGCGAGGCCAUCACCGCCGAAAACAUCAUCGCCUUCUGCACGCUCUUUACUGAGGGCAAACUCAAGCCCCACCUUAUGAGCCAGGACAUCCCUGAAGACUGGGACAAGAACCCUGUCAAAGUUCUUGUCGGCAAAAACUUUGAGGAGAUUGUCUUUGACCCCAAAAAGAACGUCUUUGUCGAGUUUUAUGCACCCUGGUGUGGUCACUGCAAACAGCUGGAGCCUAUCUGGACCAAGCUGGGCGAGAAGUACAAGGAAAGCAGCGACAUCGUGGUGGCUAAGAUGGACUCCACGGCAAACGAGAACGAGGCGGUGAAAGUACACAGCUUCCCCACCUUAAAGUUCUUUCCUGCCGGCGAUGACCGCAAGGUGAUUGACUACAACGGUGAGAGAACACUGGAGGGUUUCUCAAAGUUCCUGGAGAGUGGAGGCAAGGAGGGCGGGGCACCUGCAGGAGAGGACGAGGAGGAGGAGGCUGAUGAUAUGGAAGACCUGGAUGACCAGGACGAGGAUUCCGAUGGUGAAGGUGGUGACCACGACGAGUUAUAAGACCCGGUUGAGGAGAGAUGACCCUCAACACCCCCCCCCCCCCCCCCAUACCAACCACCCCACCUCCGCCCCUGUCCUGUGAACACUAAUACUUCUCCUUUAACUGCUUCUCAGUCAGCAGAUGUGGCAGGAUCCCUUGGCCAGCCCCUUCUGAAGCCACCCUACCAACCUCUAGCCCCACCCCCCCGGCCCAGAUGGACUCCUCUGUCCCGUUGUCAUGGGAACUCAUCAGAGCUUAACAGCACCUCCUUCUUAAUGGUUGUUUUUUUUCUCUCAUUACCAGUGAUCCGAAUCAUUCACACUAUGGAGUUGUAUUGCCUUGUAUAUUUGAACCAAAAUGUUAAAACGGCAUUAAGAUACUGUACUUGACAUAUCUAGUUGGACCCACAAAUUGGCUUACCUUAACCGUCACUUCCUGUCAAAUUACUUUCCCCCCCCAUCCGGUCUCUGAGGGUGGUGCAGUUUUGUUGGCGGUACAGCUGGUGUUUAAGUUUGUGUUGGGGUCCUCUGCAGACAGUCUGAGGGCCAGUGUGGCGGUAUGAUCUCUCAGGGGACUUGGGGCCAUCCUAUAUCUUUGUUUUUGUGUGAAGACUAACAAAAGCAGUGUGUUCCACGCAGUACAGGGGGCCCUUGGAAAGCAAUAUAUGCAUCUGUAGCCCAGACCAAGGUUGAGGCUCGAUCUCUGCCUUCAUUCCUGCAAAGUCUACAAAUCAUAUGUUUUCCCUUUUUGGUUCAGUUUCUCUCAUUUCUGCAUGGCUACUGACUUUUUUUUUUUUAAAGGAAACUGUAAACUUUGGGAAUGGCUUGUUAUUUAAUUGUUUUCAUAACUUUUUUUUAAAUGGCGUCUAUUAAAUCUACAUACUAGUAAAUCCCUGCCGAAGUUGAAGCUGGGGGGCAGGGUUGGCCCUCGGACUCGCUUUCAGACCUGGGAAAGUUUUCUGUUUGUUGCACUGUUUGUGGCCUGGUGCCAAAUCUGUUUGCUGUCUUGCAAACUCCAAGGAUCUUGACAAGUCCGCUCCAACAGAUGUUGGACCAGGCUACAGUGUUCAUGCCACCAGAGAUUCCACAUGGUUACUGAAAGGCAGAAGAGUGUAUUUUUAACGGUUUUGAGGCUCUGAUAGGUCUCUGUCCUGGUUGUUUUGGGAGGUUGGAACAGUGCAACAGUCCCACCCCUUCUAUUUGUACCGCCCCAUCCUCUGGGUUCUGCUCUACCUGAUGCUCCAAUCCCUCUGUGUGUGGGGAUGAUUAUGCUGUAUGUGAUGUGUAAGCAGGUGUACGAUUCUGCUUUUAUGACCAGGGACAGGGCUGUGAAUGUUAAUUUUAUUUUUUUAUAUUUCUUUGCGGGCUGGGCAGGGAACGGAGGGCUGAGUAGUACAGGCAGGGAUGUGAGGCAUUCAGCAGCUGCUGUUCAAGGGGUGGGGGGGGAAACGAUUGAGAAACGAGCAUUCCAUCACAUCGAAUUUGACGUGGAAAAGUGAAAACUGGUGGCCAAAUAAAUAAAAACUGAAAAAUU